GAAAAGAUGUAUUUAUUCUGGGCGCGUGUUUUAAUCUCCUACUGCGCGCUGAUUAGUGUGCUUGGAAGCGCGCUGUCUCCACAAAUAACAGGAACUGAAAAUGUUGGUUUGAUUCUUCAAUGCAUUGAAACCUACAAAUCAUAUUCACAUCCAGAUCCUGUUCAUAUAAGGAAUAAGCGGAGAGUUGAAGCUAGACAAGAGCAAGUAAAAGAAGAAGAAGGGGAGGGGGAGGGGGAGAAGGAGGAGGAGGAAAAAAGAAAAUAUAAAAGACUGGAACAUGAUAUUAAGAUCAGAGGAGAAAUUAGGAGCAGGUACGCAAUUACACUUGUAGAGAAUACAGUUCUGAACCCAGAGCCUGUCCAUCGGGAAGUUUUCUUCAGUGUCAUCAUUCCAGAAACUGCUUUUAUAUCAAAAUUUGCUAUGGAGGUCGGAGGUCAAGUUUACCUGGCUGAGGUUAAGGAAAAGGAAGAGGCCUUGAAGCUGUAUAAGGAUGCUGUUGAAGAGGGGAAAUCUGCAGGUCAUGUUGGGGUAUCUGCCCGACACAGCAAUAGGUUCAAGGUGUCGGUCAACACGCAGCCCGGGGAGGUCGUGAGAUUUUAUCUGCUAUAUGAAGAGCUGUUAAAAAGAAAAGGAGGUGUUUACAAUUACAUAAUUAAUAUUAGUCCACAUCAGAAGCUGUCCAAUUAUGUAAUAGAUGUUAAUAUUGCGGAGCAAAAAAAUAUUUCAAGAAUUAAUGUUCCAAAGCUCAAAAAACAUUUUAUCGAUGUAGAGAAAGAAGAUGAAGAAGAACAGUUGAAGGACUCAGAAAUACUCUUGAGUCCGAGUAGUGGAGGUAGUGCUCGAGUACUUUAUAACCCUGACAUUCAUCAUCUACAGGAGCAGGUGAAAGAGGGUCCCCUACAGUUUAUGAUAGAAUAUGAAGUAGAGAGAGGGGAUAAAGGAGGAGAACUAGACCUGUACCAGGGAUAUUUUGUACAUUUUGUUGCGCCUGAAAACCUUCCACCGAUGCCGAAACAUGUAGUUUUUGUUCUUGAUACAUCAGGAAGUAUGAGAUACAGGAAGAUGCAGCAGACAGUAAAUGCUAUGAAUACUAUUGUGUUUAGUAUGAGAUACAGGAAGAUAACAACAUUUGAUUUGAUUUGGACCAUCCUUACAACAUUUGAUUUGAUUUGGACCAUCCUUACAACAUUUGAUUUGAUUUGGACCAUCCUGACAACAUUUGAUUUGAUUUGGACCAUCCUUACAAUAUUUGAUUUGAUUUGGCCCAUCCUUACAAUAUUUGAUUUGAUUUGGACCAUCCUGACAACAUUUGAUUUGAUUUGGACCAUCCUGACAACAUUUGAUUGA